CAGCGCAGUGGGACGGUCCCGUUGCCAUGGCGGCGGCGUCGGGAGGGCGGGAGGAGGGAGGGAGCAUGGCCGCCCUGGCCCGCCUGCAGGAGAGACUGUCGGAGCUGCGAGAGGAGUAUUUCCUUGCGAACAGAUCUAUAGAUGAAGACAGAAAAAUAAAAUACAGAGCUGCUGUCAAAAUCCAGAGCUGGUUUCGAGGAUGCAGGGUCCGAGCCUAUCUGAGACAUCUGAAUGAAAUGGCGAUUUUGAUACAGAAGUGGUGGAGAGGAUAUCGAUGCAGAAAACACUUCAGAAAAAUGGUGGAGACAGCAUAUUUUAUUAUGAAGAUGAAUUUCUACAAUGAAAUGGCUGUCAGGAUCCAGAAAAGGUGGCGAGGCUAUUAUGUUCGGAAAUACAUCCAUAAUUAUUAUGCCCUGAAGAAAUACUUGCAGGCUGUUUCUGUGAAUAACGCAUUUGUCAGGAGUGAACUUCAAGAGUACGUAGAAAUGAAGGAAAAUGAAGAGAAAAUGAAAGACCUAGAAAAGAAAGAAAAGGAAAAGAAAUACCAAGCCCGAAAGAUGCAUUACCUCCUUAGCACUGAGCAGAUUGCAGGCAUCUACAAUUCGCCAUUCAGAAAAUCCCCAGACCCAAUGGAACUGCUGCUACGGAAUUCAAAGCCACUGAGCCACAGAAGGAAGCAAGUGAAGAGUCCCGUUGCCUAUGAGCUCUAUGACUGGCCAACUUGUAAGAAGCCCCCAGCUUUCGCCACAGCACUGCCUCUGCCACCUAUUGGCAGACAGAAACCUCAGGGGCCUUUCCGCGAUACCGCUGAAGUAUUGUGGCAGCGCUACAAACCUUUAGAACCAACCUUGCGAGUGGCAGAAUCAAUCAAUUCACCACUGGAGAAGGCCAGAGAGGGAAUAAAAAGGGAGGAAUGGAGAAAUCCUAUACAUGACAAUGAAUUCCUGCCAUUUUCUUCAUAUCAUAAAAAUGAGAAUGAGAAGUAUGAGCCGUCACUUUGUAAGUCAGGCAAAUAUGUCCGAGAAGCUUAUGGAACCAAACAUUUCAGAGAAGUAUAUCCUAAUAAGUGGAUAGCAGACAAGGACUUUCGAACAGUGGCGCCAUCUAUUUUUCUCUUUGAAAAGUUUGGAAAAACUUACUCCCGCGCUGGGCAAAUAGUGUAGUUGUCCUGGAAACUACGCAAGACACCUGAAAAGUAAUCAAUAAAUGUAUUUCAGCAAAUGCACA